AUGUGGAAGAGAUUGCAGAGGGUAGGCAAGGAGGCCUGCAAGUUUCAGUUCACUGUUUCCAUCCAGGACCUCAUCAUUGACUGCCAGGAGAAUUGGUAUCCGUUGUGUGUGUAUGUCGUGUGGUCCAGAAGAGGUAGGAAGGAGUGCACUGAUACUCAUCCAUUGGUUGCCGACCCAGAUGUUAAAAAUAGAUUUCUUGUGUCCUUGACCGUCCCAGAUAAUCUGGUGGCCACCAUCACUAUGUUUAGAAGUGGCCGGAGUUCAAAGUUUGAGGCCAAGGAAUGGGAUUUUGCUGUCUUUGAGGUAUGGAUAUGCGCAGGGUAUGGAAAAACAAAUUAA